AAAAAAACAACAAAGAAAAACUAGAAGCUAACAAGUCAUGAAAACAGAAAGAUGGGCCGCAAUGGCUACCACCCCAGAUUCAGUUCAGUUACUAGCCAUGCUCUUGAAGGUAGCAAAUGCCAAAAAGACGAUUGAAAUCGGGGUUUUUACUGGAUACUCCCUUCUCCUCACUGCUCUCUCCAUUCCUGAUGAUGGCAAGAUCACAGCCAUAGACAUUGAUCGGCAUACACACGAGAUGGGGUUGCCUGUCAUUAAAAAGGCUGGUGUUGAACACAAAAUCAAUUUCAUUGAAUCACAAGCUCUACCAGUUCUUGAUAAACUCUUAGAAGAUCCUGGAAAUGAAGGGUGCUUCGACUUUGCUUAUGUCGAUUCGGACAAAGUUAAUAGCAAGAACUACCAUGAGAGGCUGAUGAAACUGGUGAAGAUUGAUGGGGUGGUCGUGUGUGACAAUGUGUUUCGGAGGGGAUACGUUGCAAUGCCUGAAGAAUUGGUUAGCGGAUAG